CGUCGAUGCUGCGGGGAUUGGCGCACCUUCAUGGGCUCGGGCUGGUCCAUGGACGGCUGUGUCCCGAGAACGUGAUGGUUGGCGUGGAGGGGCGGUGCCGACUGAAGGGGAUGCUGUUAGGUGCCGCGCCGCUGGUGAUGCAUCACGAGUCGUACUAUAUGAGCCCCGAGGUGGCCGCCGGUGGUGCGAAGACGGCAGCGAGCGACAUGUACGCGCUGGGGCUGCUGCUGCUCGCAAUGCUGGCAGACUCCCACCCCUGGCAGUGGAGUGCGACUGCGACGCCGGAUCGCUCUCGGAAGGAACUUGACUCGCUGCUUGCAGACAGUGCGGUGUUCCGCGAGGCGUUGCGCGAUGGGCUGGUGGAGCCGGUGCCGCCCCCCGCAGACGUCGAAGACACGCUGCGAGCUGUGCUAGAGGCGUGUCUCCGCUUCACUCCAGAGGAACGCUCUGGUGCUUCUGAGAUUGUGUUUUCAUGUAACAUGUAA